GAGACGCAGUCCCGUGUGUGAUUACAGCAGCGGCACUGUGAACGCCAUCUGUCCUGCUCUGCUUCCGUGAAAUCCGACCCCGAUUUUAUAGAGUUUUCAGAGGAGCAAGAUGGUGGCGAAGAGGAUCCGCUCGGAGUACAUGAAGAAGUUCAAAGAUCCCAAAUGGGACACGUACACUAAAUGUUACGAGGAGAUGUUGAAGUACAGGCUGACCCGCAGGCUGCUGGAACACACGCACAACCCCUGGUUCUGGAGCGGCUCCGAUACUGACUCGGACUCGGGAGGUAGAAGUCCUCCUAUUCCUCCAAGCAAGAACCAGGUACGGGACCAGGAGGAUACCGGUGGCCGCGCGGAGGCUGAGCUAGAGGAGUGUGGGGGUGCGAGGACGGACACACAGCAGGAGCAGAGCAGAACCUCGGGGCCCGUACCCAGGCUUCCUAUUCAAGAAGAGGAGGAGGAUACAGGGCCUGCUGCACAGUCUGCACUUCAUGCAUCUGAUGCUAUGAGGGAGACAAAGGUACUACAAGAGGAGCAGAGAGCCAGCAACAGAGAGAGAGACUCUGAAGGACCCCGACCACAGCAGAGUAAACCCUCAAAGUCCUUGAGGCAACCCCGGCAAUCACAGCGGGUCAGGCCUGCACCAUCUCGACUGCCCAGAGAGGACAGUAAGGAGAGCAGACAUCCUUUCGCCUUGUAUGGGUCGGGGGAGAAAGAUGCAGACACUGCAGGAAGGAAGACGCACAACGUCGGCCCAGUGGCUUCGACUAAUGAGAUCUAUGAAUCGGCUCUGCGUGCUAAGACCAGGCGGGAGGUGGAGCGUCAUAUCCAGACUCAGCGGUCUGAGCGGCGGAGAGCCAAGUCCGCUGACCUGGACAAGGCCAGAAAAGUGGUCCAACCUGAGUUCAACCCCUGGCUAACUGAGUACAUGCGUUGCUUUUCGGCUCGCUCGCGAUAGGACACAAACUGGAAAAAAAGACCCUCUACAUCAGGAUGACUCUAGACAACAAACACAAAACUGAAGCCAUCACUGCCUCUCACCUCUAAAGUUUAAACUUCAAGUGGCCGAGUAGGACUAUAUUUAUACUGGGAUUACUUUUAAUGUUCCCUACUAUGAAUUUGAUAGUUACUUCAUCUAGAGUUUUCUGCAGUUCCUUUUUUUAAAUGUUCUUUUCCCCUAUAUUUUAGAGUUAAAAUUGGCAUGCUGUAAAACAAACAUACCUCAAGGUUUAAAAUGAAUCUUUUUUUUCCCCUAGUAUUAUUGAAACAAAGAAAAUAGUUUCAAUAGAAGUAACAGACAGAUAAUAAGGUCUGUUUUUUGCAUAAACAAUGCAAAAGAGCAUAAAAAAAGCAUUAUUGAAUGAUAUUAGAGCAUAGGUAUGAUAAGCACUAACAGAGCCCUUUAAAAAAAGAGUUCUUGCAUAUAAUAUAAUAGGGUCAUAAAUGACCACACUUGGUCAUUUUAGUGGCUAAAGGAGCAUGGUCACUUGAGGGUUAAACACUGACACAUGUAAAUGAUAACAUGAAAUGGAUUCAAACAGAUUCUCAGGAUGAAAGCUGACUUUCCUUCAAUGUUAAGUUUCACUGUGUGGCUUAUUCCUCUAUGUUUCUAUAAACCGCUUUUACUAAGACAGUACAAUAAUAUGUAUUUUACAGAGUAAGAUACUUUAUAACAAAUGUAAAAAUAAUUGAUACGUCUGUAAUACACAAGUUUAGUUGAGGAUGAGGAGUCCCAAACGUAUGUCAAAGCCAUACUUUGAUGCAGCCCCUUUAAAUACAUGCUGUAUAAGAUGUACCCAUAUUUUUAUACAUAGAUCUCAAACUACAGUGGGACAUGUCGAAAAGAUAGAGCCUUGUUCUUCUGAGGUAAAGUGAACAAUGGUGUGAACGUAUAUAAUAAUACGUCAUUUCCUGUGUGCGCACACAGACACACAAAUUUAUGCCAAGAACUCGGAGUAGUUUAAUCAGAUGAAAGUUUUAUUUCAAAUUCACUUGACUUUUAAUGUGCAUAUUUUCCUAUUUGUGCAGAGUACAGCUGGGUACACUUAAUUGAUGUAUAGAUAUAUUGAUAUGUAAGAGUGGAUUUUUAAUGCUGGGAGCUGCUUCACGUUUGUGUCCCUCCUGAUGGUUCAGACGUGGUUGUUAGGUAGUGACUCACUUUAUGCUGACAGUGAAAAUCACACGUGUUUUGUGACAUUGCAUUUUCAAGUAUUUUCAUGAACUCUGAUGCGUUAGUGACUUAAAGUGGUUUUAUAACUGAUAGCAUUGCUUUGUUCUUAAUCAUUUUGGUGCUAAGGUCUCAACGGUAUUGUGGAUACUGCGGACUUUCCUUCAUACAUCCACACACGCAAGUAGCAGCAGCAUCAGAGAGAGUUGAACACACUGCAGUUUUUUUGUUUUAAAAGCACAGGUAAAUAGAAAAAACACAAGCAGAUUUAGAAACAUUCAGAGAAAAUAACCAACUACAGAGAAGUGCUGCACAGACAACACCUGAAAGAUUUACAGGGGACGCAAAAACGAUAGACUGUGUUUGGCUAACGGAGCACAGUCUAUCGACUUGCAGC